AUGCCCUACAACGUUGUGUCCUCUCCCCCAUACCUGUUCCCCCUGUACACCAAUGACUGCAUUUCCAGCCACACAUCCAUCAAACUGGUCCAGCUUGCGCAUGACACCACAGUCCUGGGCCUCAUCAAGGAUGACAAUGAGACGUCGUACAGGGUGCACGCCUGUAAUGAUCUGGUGGCCUCGGGCAGAGACAGGAAGCCCAAUGCUGUGGUCCAGGUGGCUGUCAUAGAUCCCCACAAGCAGCAGCUCGUGUCUCAUGCCAGCACAGAGAUAGUGGAG